CAAGAAGCAACCACCACCAAUGGCCCUUGUCGAGAAAAAUUUAUGGGUUGCUGCAGGAGACGGAGACCUCGAACGUGUCAAAGAACUGAUUAACCAAUGCAAGCCCACUGGAAGGCAUGCUGCAGCUUCCUAUGGGCAGAUCGAGGUUCUGGCGUAUUUGGUUGCGAAUGGUGGAGACGUAAAUAUCACUGAUGAAGAUGGAGAUACGCCACUUUACACUGUCGAAAAUAUCGAAACCGCUCGGUGGCUCGUCGACCACGGUGCAGUCGUGGACCGUCGCAAUAACGAAGGAAUUUCUCCCAUCGAACAUCUCAGUGAAGACUUUGCGGCGGUUGCCAGUUUUUUGGAGACCACCUCAACUGCCUCAAUAUCGGCCCCUCGUAGUCAACAGCCUUCGCAACAUUCACAGCAUGUUGCUUCUGAACAGUUGACAUCUGCCCUGAUGGCAUCCGUUCAGGAAAUCAUGCAGCGAGCAGAGGUUGAAAACCGAGAUCCAGAAGAAGAGCUUCGACAAGCCGUGAGCAGGACGGUUUUGGAAGGCGUGGUAACUGGGUUCGAAAUGUCGACUGAGGAGGAAGAUAUUCGAAGUCGUGUAACCAACGACACACCGUCAAAAAGAAUGAGGACAGAUCACGGCACUUGCUAAAAUAUUUCGAGAGCUGAUGUGCAUCUUUGGAAUAUUGUUCUCAUGACUCGGGAUAAAUGCAGCAACGACAAUCCGAUCCGACGUUUUGAUCAUGAUCAGAAGGGUCGUUGAUCGUGAUCAAGACGUACUACAAACUCGAUCAGGGGGAAUGUCAUCACCAAGUGCAUACUUGCAGUUUGCUAACUUUGCUUGCUGUGAUUUAUUUCAAGGCCACUGUAGUGAAAAAUAUGAAUGAGACGGUUCGUAUUC